ACGAAACAGUACCGGAUGGAGAAGUCAAUAAAUGGACAUUUCUCUUCCUCUCUUUCUCAUUCGUUCAUAUUCAAUCCUUUGCUUGCUGCCUCCUUUGCUCUAUAUAUCUUGCAUUCCCUUCUGCAUUGAACCUAUAUAAAUACCACACACUUCAACCUCAUAUAUAUUGGAUUUUUAGUUUUGUUGUUGAUGAUGGCGGCUUCCAACGGAACAGCAAGUAACCCCAACUGUCCUCAUGCUUCUAAUCCGUACCAUCAAUGCACCCAAGCUUGCUCCAAAAAGACCAGCCACCGAACCAAACCACACGCUAAGAACACUUCUUCAUCAGGUUAUCAACGGAGCGCAACAGAUGGUGAGCCCGGCAGCAAAAACACAAACAGAACACACUCAGGUUGUCCUAAAGCAUCUAAUCCUUACCAUCACUGUGAUCACAAUUGUUUAACCGCUUCAGGUGCCGCGCCUCCUCCUUCAAAUUUUGACAGGAGAAAGAAGCCAGGUUCUAGGCCAGAACCCCCUGUUGUUGCCGGCGCUGUUCCAGCCGCAAAAGUUGAAGCGAUUCAGAAGUCUAAUGCUUCAUCACCAAUAUCAAAUCAUUCUGAGAUAAAAAAGGUGGAGUCAAGAAACGAUGAUCACAAUCAUUCUGUACCAGUUUCUGGACAAAUACAUGUCCCACUCCCAGUCCCUGAUGUUAAGCAUGUCCAUGAAGAAGACCAACAAAAAAAUGGUGUAGAGCACCUUGCCAAUCCAAUUCAAACAAAACAAGAGGACAAAACUGCUUCUGAUGUCCACCCUGGAGAAGGUCUUGCUACUACUUUCAAAGGUGGAUCCAUAGAUUUUAGUUUCUCUGGUAUUAUUCCACAGGGCAAUGAAGAUAAUGAUGAUAAAGGAGAUACAGAGUCUGUGGUAUCCGAGUCCCGUGUUCCGGUAGGAAAGUACCAUGUAAAAGAAAGUUUUGCUUCCAUCUUGGAAUCUAUCCUUGACAAGUAUGGAGACAUAGGAGCGAGCUGUCAUUUGGAAUCACUUGUCUUGCGCUCAUACUACAUUGAGUGUGUUUGCUUUGUGGUCCAAGAGUUACAAUCAGACUCAAUAAUGCACUUAACUAAGUCCAAAAUCAAUGAACUAGUGGCCAUUCUGAAGGAUGUUGAGUCUGCUCAACUUCGCGUGGCGUGGUUGCGUAGCGCACUGGAUGAAAUAGCUGAAAAUGUUGAAGUGAUUAACCAGCACCAGGAGGUGGAUGCUGCAAAGGCCAACACUGAUCGCGAAAUGGAAUCACUGAGGGAACAGCUAGAAUCAGAAAUGGAAAGUUUGGCUGAGAAAGAACAAGAGGUUGCUGAUAUUAAAAAACGAAUUCCAGAGAUAAGCGAUCGGUUGAAGGAGCUAGAGCUAAAGUCUGCUGAACUGGAGCAAAGCAUGCUGUCUAGCAAGUCUGAGGUUGAAAAUUUGCAUCGCAAAUCCUUGAUAGAUGAGCUGUUGUAAUAUUGUUAAUGUAUCUGCUUAUAUAGCAAAUUUGACUCUAAACUGCACACAUAUAUGUUACUUUCUUAGCUAGGUCUCAGAAAGUAGAAUAGGUUACUGAAUAAAUGGAUGCGAGUAAUAUUUAUUUGUAAUAGAUUACUAAAUCAGAUGGAAUUUUCUAUCUCAGUAUACAAAUUAUACACAUACAUGAUACAUGUGAGUUUUAUGCAUAA